UUCAGUACUAAAAAUAAUGGGGGAAAAAAUCCCAGAUACAACAAAACGGUCAACUUCAUUUCAACAACAGUUUGAGGUUUAUAAUGAUCAAUCAGAAUCAAAAGACUACCGUCCAUACUUUCCGGAUUUCUUUACUUUACUUUUAACUGAACUAAUUGUCAACAUUCAAAACUCAGAAAGUUUUGAAAAUAACCUUAAAAUUCAUGUCGUUAAGUUUCGUGUGCUGAUACUCAGUUGACGAUCUAUUGUCUAAAAUCCCUCCAAAUCCCCCCAAUAUUGAAGAGCGACUAAAGUCUUUCAUCAUGGAGGGCACUCGAUACAGGGAAAUCAGAGCGGAAGAUGAGGAAUUGAACUCACAGAGGAGCUUUAUUGGUGCCAGUCAACUACAACUUCCAAGAUUCAAACAGCAUAAGUGGUGGUUUCAAGUGUUUCUGUACACAAGUUUUAUUAUUGUUGGUGAAUCUGCUGCUACUCUUUUAGGCAGGUUUUAUUUUGAUAGUGGUGGGAACAGCAAAUGGAUCGCGGCUUUUGUUCAAGAAGCUGGCUUCCCCAUAUGGAUCCCUUUCCUGUUUUUCUCCCGGCCAUCAACAAAGCCCCAAUUGAUCAACGCCGCAAACAAAAAUGAUCCUCCAAGACGCAUACCAUCAUACAGUCUUUUGUUGAUGUAUCUCUUUUUUGGCAUAUUUUUUGCUGUCGACGAUUUGUUGUAUUCUUACGGCCUUUUAUACCUUCCUGUCUCAACCUAUUCUCUCAUAUCUGCCACCCAAUUAGCUUUUAAUGCAGUAUUUUCGUUCCUAUUAAACUCUCAAAAAUUUACUGCAUUAAUCUUGAAUUCGGUUGUUCUCCUCACCAUCUCAGCCUCACUUCUCGCAGUCCAUCCAGAUUCAACCGACUCAACAAUAGCUUCGGAAGGGAACUACAUUAUUGGAUUUCUUUGCACUCUAGCUGGAUCAGCCAUGUACUCGCUUGGCCUUUCUUUGAUUGAACUAUCUUUCCAGAAAUUUGUCCACAAAGAAACUUUUUAUGCUGUUCUUGACAUGCAAAUUUAUCCAUCCCUUGUUGCAACUUGUGUUAGUUUGGUGGGGCUUUUUGUUAGUGGAGAAUGGAAAACUUUGCCAAUUGAAAUGCAAAACUACAAAAAGGGUCAAGCAUCUUAUGUCUUGACCUUGUUCUGGAAUGCAAUUUCAUGGAAUGUGUCAUCACUAGGCUUGUUUGGGUUGAUUUUUGAGGUGUCAUCCCUGUUUUCAAAUGUCAUUGACACAGUACCCCUUCCUGUUAUUCCAGUUCUUGGGGUGAUUUUCUUCCAUGACAAAGUAGAUGGCGUGAAAAUCAUUGCUUUAAUACUUGCUAUUUUUGGGUUCCUUUCUUAUAUGUAUCAACAUUAUCUUGAUGAUGCAAAUGUAAGAAAAUCCCUUGCUGAUGAAGAAGACUGUUCCACUUUAAGUCUCACUUGAAACUGAACAAGUAAUCUUGACUUGUUAUUUGGUUAUUUGAGGUAAGAUGCACACACAUCUUAAACUAAAGUCCUCUCAUUUCUGAUGGGGCCUUUGAUUGGGGGUUUCAAGAUUAGCAAUUGCCGUCCCUGGUUAGGCGGUUAAUUUCAGUAUCUGAAUAUUGGUGCUUUUCCGGGGACUCCAACUUGCUUCUAUAAGCUUACUAUCAUGAGUGCUGAAUUAUAGGUACUUUCCCGGGCAUGCCCACUUGCUUAGGAUUUGGGAUACAAGCAAGUUAAGGAAGCAGAAGAAAAUGUAGUUUUUGGGAGGCAAAUUUUGCCGUUUAUUGCAGGAAUAUUUGUUUUUUUAUGGCAGCGCCUUUAUAACCCUCCUGUGGGGGCAAAACCUUACCAGACAACCAAUCCCUUGGAAAAGUUCUUAUUCUUGUAUUUUUUAUGUCUAAAUUUAUUCAUAACGAAGCUUAAAAAUAUAUUUUACAGGUAAAUCUUGUGUAUUAAACUUAGUUGAGCCUUCUAGUUUAUAUCUUCUUGCAUGACUUGAUCAUAUUCAUCUUAUAUACUUUUCUAAAUUUCUACAUAUAAAUGUUGUGUUUAUAUUUAUUGUAAGAAUUGAUGAAUUACUUGGUUCUUUCCCCUUUUGUGGGAUUAUUAU